AUGAAAGCACUGUGGUUCUUCUUAGCGUUAUUGCUAAUAAUUCUGUAUCCUGGUACUUCAAAUGCCUGGGAUUGCUACGAAACAUGGAGCCGCUGCACAGGCUGGUCCUCACCUGCAACCGGUAUUCUUUGGCAAGGCUGCCCAUCAUAUUGUCAAGGCUGCAGAAAUGCGACAACUGGAGCUUGUGUCGAAGUAGGAACCACAACAUGUAAAGGAAAACAGAUUAAAGCCUAUCAAUGCCAAUGCUCAGGAAGAUGGACAGGUUCCAACAAACCGUCCUGUUAUCCUGCUGGACUCGGCUAA